UCAAUCAGAUUUGGAAAUGUGGAUAUGCCCUGCGUGCAAGCCCAAUAUAGCCCUUCGCCUCCGGGGUCCACUUACGCCACGCAGACGUAUGGCUCGGAAUACACCACAGAAAUCAUGAACCCCGACUACGCCAAGCUGACCAUGGACCUCGGUAGCACAGGGAUCAUGGCCACCGCCACGACGUCCCUGCCCAGCUUCAGUACCUUCAUGGAGGGCUACCCCAGCAGCUGCGAACUCAAACCCUCCUGCCUGUACCAAAUGCCGCCUUCCGGGCCGCGACCUUUGAUCAAGAUGGAAGAGGGCCGUGAGCACGGCUACCACCACCACCACCACCACCAUCACCAUCACCACCACCAUCACCAGCAGCAGCAGCAGCAGCAGCCGUCCAUUCCUCCUUCCUCUGGCCCCGAGGACGACGUAGUGCCCAGCACUUCCAUGUACUUCAAACAGUCUCCGCCGUCCACGCCGACCACGCCAGGCUUCCCCCCGCAGGCGGGGGCGCUGUGGGACGACGAGCUGCCCUCUGCGCCUGGCUGCAUCGCACCGGGCCAGCUGCUCGACCCGCAGAUGAAGGCGGUGCCCCCAAUGGCUGCAGCGCGCUUCCCGCUCUUCCACUUCAAGCCCUCGCCGCCGCACCCUCCCGCGCCCAGCCCAGCGGGCGGCCACCACCUCGGCUACGACCCCACAGCCGCCGCUGCGCUCAGCCUGCCCCUGGGAGCCGCGGCUGCUGCCGCGAGCAGCCAAGCUGCUGCGCUCGAGGGCCACCCGUACGGGCUCCCGCUGGCCAAGAGGACGGCCGCGCUGACCUUCCCACCGCUGGGCCUCACAGCCUCCCCUACUGCGUCCAGCCUGCUGGGAGAGAGCCCCAGCCUGCCAUCGCCACCCAACAGGAGCUCAUCAUCCGGCGAGGGCACGUGUGCGGUGUGCGGGGACAAUGCCGCCUGCCAGCACUACGGGGUCCGCACCUGCGAGGGCUGCAAGGGCUUCUUCAAGAGAACGGUGCAGAAAAAUGCAAAAUAUGUUUGCCUGGCAAAUAAAAACUGCCCAGUAGACAAGAGACGUCGAAAUCGAUGUCAGUACUGCCGAUUUCAAAAGUGUCUCAGUGUCGGGAUGGUGAAAGAAGUCGUGCGUACAGAUAGUCUGAAAGGGAGGAGAGGCCGGCUGCCUUCCAAACCAAAGAGCCCGCUACAGCAGGAGCCCUCGCAGCCUUCCCCGCCACCCCCUCCGAUCUGCAUGAUGAAUGCCCUUGUCCGAGCUUUAACAGAUGCAACACCCAGAGAUCUUGAUUAUUCCAGAUACUGUCCCACUGACCAGGCCACUGCCGGCACAGAUGCUGAGCACGUGCAGCAGUUCUACAACCUCCUGACGGCCUCCAUUGACGUGUCCAGAAGCUGGGCAGAAAAGAUCCCAGGAUUCACUGAUCUCCCCAAAGAAGAUCAGACGUUACUUAUAGAAUCAGCCUUUUUGGAGCUGUUUGUUCUCAGACUUUCCAUCAGGUCAAACACUGCUGAAGAUAAGUUUGUGUUCUGCAAUGGACUUGUCCUGCAUCGACUUCAGUGCCUUCGUGGAUUUGGAGAGUGGCUCGACUCCAUUAAAGACUUUUCUUUAAAUUUGCAGAGCCUGAACCUUGAUAUCCAAGCCUUAGCCUGCCUGUCAGCACUGAGCAUGAUCACAGAGCGACAUGGGUUAAAAGAACCAAAGAGAGUGGAGGAGCUAUGCAACAAGAUCACAAGCAGCUUAAAGGACCACCAGAGGAAGGGGCAGGCCCUCGAGCCCACCGAGCCCAAGGUCCUUCGCGCACUGGUGGAACUGAGGAAGAUCUGCACCCAGGGCCUGCAGCGCAUCUUCUACCUGAAGCUGGAGGACUUGGUGGCCCCACCUUCUAUCAUCGACAAGCUCUUCCUGGACACCCUGCCUUUCUGAGCAGGGAACCCCUUGCUCUGCUGGCAUCUGAUCAUUAAGCUAGCAAAAGGAUGGUUCUGAACACCCGCCCCUCCGUCCUUCCUUCAGGGGAAAAGCA